AUGUCUGGUGGGAUGUCGGUGGACUUUGUGCUGGACACCGCUGCUAUCUCGUUCGCGGUGUUUUUCAUGACCUCGCCGCUGUCACAGACCAUCGACGUCUUCUCAACGCCGGCGAAAGUCCGCUACGUCAAUCCGGUGAACCUGCUGUGCUUCUACCUGAACUGCAUGACACAGUUGGCCUACGGCCUCUUCUUGCCGGUGCCCCCUGUGGUGCCCUGCAAUGCCUAUGGCGUCGCCGUGGGGCUGGUCAGUACGUCAGUUUGCUGGUGGUUCGCCCGGAAAGAGGUCCAUGCCGACCACUGGAAUCGACGUGCGGCAGUUGGCACCUUCUGUGUCGCUAUGCUCUCUUUGCUCAUCUUCGCCUGUGCGGCGAUGGUUCCCGGCGGAGCAGCAGCGGUGGGCAACCUAGGAAUGCUGGUUGGCAUCAUCAUGUACGGUGCUCCCCUCUCCAGUCUGCAAGAGGUCCUGAGGACGGAAUCCUCCGAGACGCUUCCGGUUCUUCAGAGCUUCCUGGGCUUCUUGAACAGCUCCUGCUGGUUGACAGUCGGCCUUCGUAGCGGGAAGCUGCCUGUGUGGGGGCCAAACGUCAUCGGCAUGCUGCUGUCUUUGGUGCAGCUCGCACUGAUCUACAGGUACCCGGCGAAGCCAGCUACGCAAACUUAUGACACCAAGCUAAGUGCCAUUCGCUACACCACAGCGAUGGCAAUCAAGCGCGGCCUUGUUGGUGGAGUGCCAGAGACCAUCAUGCACUUCCCUAUGUACACGGUGCCUCUGGCCAAGUUGCUUGAGAUGACCGAGAUUGAGCCACAUGAAGUGUUGAUGGAGAAGGAUGUAUUGGUUGAGUUCCGAAGGAGCCGUGGCAAUGCACUUUUUGUUUCACACCAGUGGAUCGAGAAAGGUCAUCCUGACCCAGACUGCAAACAGUUUCGGGUCUUACAGGAAGCCUUCAAAAAAGUGCUUGCCGGACACUGGCAAGAGAUACCUGUGGAUUUUGCCUCUGAAGGUGCAGGCAUGGGCAAGCCGUUGCCUAUAGGCAAACUUCUUUCCGCGCCUCUCUUUUUUUGGUAUGACUACUUUUCCUGCCCACAAGCAGCAGAAUCCAGAAGCAAACUGCGGGAUGCCACCAGCAGCAUCCCAGCCUAUGUGGGCGAGUGCCAAUUUUUCCUUGCCCUGGUGCCAGUCUUGGAGGAUCGAAGCAGGACCAAUGUGAUUUCUCCGCUGACUUGGCACCAGCGGGGCUGGUGUCGUAUGGAGAGAACUUGCAGAGAGCUCUCUGAAAAUCCUGACUGGGUCCUCGUGAAAGGCACGUCGGACUUGACAGUCAUCAGGGGUGCCUUGGUGUCUGUUCGAGCGGGCUCCGGACCUGUGGGAGAAGGUGCUUUUAGCAUUGAGGAAGAUCGAGAACAAGUGGGAGAAGCUCUUGUGAUGGCUUUGAGACGCAAGUUGCUCAGCCUCCUCAAAGCCCAGGUUUUUUCUGGGUACCGUGCUCUAUUGAGCCAGCAGCCUAUGCUGUUGAGGGGCUUGAAAUGUGAUCUGUUCGAGCCAGUCCCGGUCUUAGAGGACGUUGGUGAUAUCGCCAGGCGUUUCUUCUGCCAGAACGGUUUCCGCAGCAUUCAAGACGUCGACAAUCGUGGCUGGAUGCCUCUGCACUAUGCUGCCGUGUGCGGAGAUGGAGCGCUGGUGCAAAGCUUGCUCGCGCUUGAAGCUGACCCCAAUCAGCCCACCCAGAAAGCAAAUCCAUCUUUGGGCCUCGAGGCAAGAGUACUGCCUCUCAGCCUCUCGUGCUUCUUUGGGCACAAUGAUGUGGUGCAGCUCUUGAUCUCUGGCAAGUCCACGUUGAUUAGCAAAGCGAUGGUUUACCGGCCUCUCCACUCUGCAGCUGGUGCUGGCAACAAAGAUGCCGUCCGCAUGCUCUGUGAGGCUAGCUGCCGGCUGGAGUACAACAGCCUGGGUUUAAGUGCCCUUCAAGCUGCCUCUUUUCAACCAGCAGUUGAGGUAGGUCAUAGAUGA